AUGCUCAGAGAGCAGGGUAAUGACGGUGUCGCAGACUCCCGUGCCAUCAAGCUCCUCCAGGACGACUCCCAGAGCAGCAACCAGUCUCCGAUCUCGAACCUGUUCGGGGGCCAGUACAAGUCCACGCUGCGCUGCGUCAGCGGCGGGAACCAGUCGGCGAAGUUUGAGGCAUUUUCACACCUCUCCGUGCCGAUGCCUGCCAGGGCCAGUCAGUGCUCGCUCCACGAGUGCAUCCAGCUUUUUGUGGAGGGCGGCACAAUCAGCGGCUGGACUUGCCCGGAGUGUCAAAGCAGUGACGACCGGGCCACCAAGCGGCUUGACAUCUGGCGUCUUCCACCAGUACUGAUCAUCCACAUACAGCGCUUCUUCAACGACGGCGCGUGGAAGAAGAAUCAGUCCAGUGUCCUGUGUCCGCUAAAAAACCUGGACAUGUCACCGCACUUGGCUACCAAGGAUGCGCACCAACAGCACCACAGGUAUCACCUGUACGGUCGGUGGUGA